AUGAACUCCGAUAGUUCUGAAGUAAGAUAUAAAGCUCGUUUAGUGUCAAAGGGUAUACUCAGGAGUUUGGCAUUGACUACGAGGAGACAUUUGACCCUGUUGCUCGUAUUACUUCCGUCCGUUCUCUUUUGGUUGUCGCCUCUGCAUGUUGAUGGCCUUUAUUUCAGACGAAUGUCAAGAAUGUCUUCUUACAUGGUGAUUUGGUUGAAGAGGUCUAUAUACAGCCUCUUCCAGGGUAUCCUCAUCCUCUUGCUUGGGUUUGCUUCUAACCCCUAUGAUUCUGCUCUUUUUACUCGUCACACUGACACUAGCAUCACUAUUCUACUACUUUAUGUUGAUGAUAUGAUCAUUAUUGGUGAUGAUAAUUAUGAUAUUCACGAGCUUAAGCAGUUUCUGUGUCAGCAUUUUGAGAUGAAAGACCUUGGUUCUCUUAGCUACUUUCUCAACUUAGAGGAGUCCCCUACCUCUGAUGAUUGUAAGAUAGCUGAUAGUCUGCUGGAGCCCAACAUUAAACUUCGUCCUACUGAUAGGGAGCUCCUUCCUGAUGCCACUCAUUACCAACAGCUUGUGGGGAGCUUGAUUUAUCUCACUGUCACUAGACUAGACAUUGCCUAUGCGGUGCAUCUUGUGAGCCAAUUUAUGUCAGCUCCUCGUUCCAUUCACCAUGCAGCUGUUCUUUGCAUCUUACACUAUGUAAAAGGAACAUUAUUUCAUGGGUUUCACUUUUCCUCUCACUCAUCCUUGACGUUGAAGGUUUACUUUGAUGCUGAUUGGGCAGGGGACCCUACUGAUCGUCGAUCUACCAUUGAUUUUCUUUUUCUACUUGGUGACUCCUUUAUCUCUUCGCGGAGCAAAAAGCAGACCGUUGUUGCUCGCUCUAGCACUGAGGCUGAGUAUUGA